GAAGACGAGGGCGAAAGCGACGAAGGCGGCGGCGAAGACGAAAGCGAAGACGACGACGAAGGACGGGACGAUCGACGCGCGAAGAGCGGUAAGAAAUCGAGCGGAAGUGAUCGCACCGCGCAGAUCUUUCAAAAGCCUGGAAUGUUUAGUUUGGACGAGAUGGAGAGCUUCAUGGAUCAAGGAGACGUCGAGGAGGAGAAGCGCCGUCGCGCGAACGAAGAAGUAGACGGCGGCUCGGCGGACGAAGAGGGCGAGUCAGACGACGAUAUGCUCGACAUAUACGGAGACAUGAGCGACAGCGACGAAGAUGGGGACGAAAACGAGAACUCUGACGAGGAGGAUGACCUUGAUGACGCGUUGGCGUACACGGCGAAACUCGCCGGCGUGAGCGCGAGCGCGCGCAAGAAAAAAUCGACGAGGAAAGCCACCAAGGGCAAGAAGGCGCAAGAUUUAAUGUUUGAAGACUUUUUCGGCAAGCGCCAGGGGCAGCCUCUCGGUGGGCGCAAGGGUGGCAAGCUCGGCGCUUCGACAGACGCUGAACUGAACGAGUUGAGCGACGAGGAGGAGGACAUGUUCAACGAACUUGAGGACGGCGAAGACGACGACGAAGAGGAUGACGAUUUGGAUGGGGAGUUGGAGACCGGUAUCGCCGGUAGUCGUGGAAUCGAAAACCAUGACGAUGACGCGGACGAGUACGACGACGAGGAAGAAGAGGACGAAGAAGACGAACUCGUCGCUGGCGACGAAGAAGAGCUCGAUGAGUUGGAUAGAAAGCUGGACGCGGAUUUGGACGCCGAGCUUGCUCGUGCGGAGGCGGAGGGCGAAGACGGCGAUAGCGACGCCAUCGACGACGACGAGAAGGAAGUGCCGCGGUCGGGUCCGAAGUCGGCGUUCCAGCGCCAACAAGAAGCGCUCGGGCGCCAAAUCGAAAAGCUCGAAGCCGCGGCCAUCGGCGAAAAGUCUUGGCUUCUCAAGGGUGAAGCCGCAGCAAAAGAGCGGCCGAUGAAUAGCGCGUUGGAAACUGAUCUCGAGUUCGAGCACGUCAUGGCACCUGCGCCGGUGAUCAGCGCAGAGAUAACCCAGAAGCUCGAGGAAAUCAUCAAGCAGCGAAUCAUCGAAGGCCGAUUCGACGACGUCGAGCGUGUCGAACCCGUGGAGGAGCGCGAACGCAAGGAGCUCCCACAACUCGACGACACCAAGUCUACCAAGGGUUUAGGUGAUAUUUACGCCGAUGAGUACAUGCGUCAAAAGGCUGGCGUCGCGCUCGGCGAGAAGGAAGACCCCAUGGUUGCCGAGGUGAAGAAGCUCUGGGCCACGCUUUCGUAUCGCUUGGACGUGCUCUUGCAAACGGGCGAGGUGGAGGAUCCGAAGGAUCUCGAAAAGAAGAUCGAUCGGGAACUCGCCGCGCGUGCGAAGGGGAAUAUUGUGCCGUUGACGUUCGACGAGUCCAAACGUCUGGCGCCCGAGGAAGUCUUCGCGGGAGGCGAAGGCAAGGGCGGACAGCGCGGCUCCGCCGCUGGCGCCGUCAAGGCGGACGACGAACUCACCAAGGAGGAACGCAAGGCUGGUCGUGCCAAGCGAAAACGGAAGUCCAAAGCCGCGCAAGAAGAGAAAGAUCGCGUCAAGGCCAAACGAGACCGCGCACGCGAGGCCCAGCACAAGGCAGAAGAAGAUGCUGGUUUCACGCGCAAGGCGCCGAAAGUUGCGAUGCUCGCCGUCGGUUCGGCGGCUGGGAAAUCCAAAUCCGAUUUCUCCAAAUCGAGCAAGGUUUUCGGCAUGCUCCAAGAUGCCAAAGACGCAGACGCCGCGCGCGGCGGUGUGGCGAAGAAGAGCAAGUCAGACUCCGCGAAGAACAAGCCAUCUCUCAAACUUUGAGUAUAGUAUUGUAU